AUGUCUAUGAAAACCUUAACACCUGUUUUUGUAUUCACUACUCUCGUCCUUCUCCCUUUAACAGCCACUACCACUACCAUACAAGAUCUCCUUAGGAGCCGAGGGUUGCCGGUAGGUAUUUUUCCGGACAAUGUUAAGUCAUACCGACUCAAUCGUGACGGUCGUCUAGAAGUGCGGUUGGAAAGUUCUUGCAUGGCGGAGUUCGACGGGAGAGUGUACUUUGAUCGUGUAGUAACGGCCAACCUUAGUUACGGUGGCCUCGUGGGGCUCGAAGGACUGUCACAGGAAGAGUUGUUUUUGUGGUUGCCUGUUAGAUGUAUCAUUGCCAAUGAUCCUUCUCCUGGGAUUAUCUUGUUUGAUAUUGGUGUUGCUCAUAAUCAACUCUCCCAGUCUCUCUUUGAAGUCCCUCCUUCUUGCAUGCCUCAAGAAGUUAUGAUAGAGAAGUUUGAUAGGAAGGAGGGAUUUGAUUUCCAGAAGUGA